GUUGGAAAGUCGGCUUUUAUGAGGGACGUCACUUAAAUUGAUUCCACUUUAUCACCAAACUCGAAAAGAAGGAAGACCUCGCUAGUCAGGUGCAUAUUAUUUUUUGGCGCCAAACAGGGAACGUUCUGAGUGAGUGAAGUGAAGACCAGACCGGUGAAUCAAGUCACGUGACUUAACGCCUAUCAUAUCGUCAUAGCGGGUGAAGAUGUUAACCGACAUAUGUUUUUCUACAGCAUUUAUCGUAAGUUCCGGCUUAGCGAUGUCAUUUGUCCUUACCCUGGUCAAUAGCAACCCAUCAAACCGCAACGACCACUCCGACCUUUGGGCGAUUCCCAACGCGAUCUUGCACGAACGUCGUCGUUCAUUCGACCCUACGGAAGAGGCCGAUGCACUUCACCAGAGCUUCCCUGUCACAGCCAACAGUCUUGCUGGUGCCAAUACUGAUUGUCCAUCAACAGAGCUGAGCUCAGAGGAAUGCCCGGAUGGAGCUAACGUAACCCACCCUGACCACCACAAUGAAAAUUCCAUUUGCCCCUGGACUUACAUCCACUGCGCUGAUCCAAUGCGUAUACCGGAAGUAAUUGCUGUAGCCCAGUGUCGCUGUUCGACCUGUCUCGACCCAUACACCCACAGACCUGAUCAAAACCUUGUAUGUCAGAGCAUCACAUACAAGAUGAAAGUUCUACGAAGAACCCCUCAGGCAUCCGGCCAAUACAGAUAUCAUGUUGCUACGGAAGACAUACCUGUGGCAUGCGCUUGUCUGAGGAAACGUACUGCUGUCGGCAAACCAGGCUCUGACAACUCCUCCUCAGUGGUAACAGAGGUUGUAGAGACUAUCGAAUGAUCUAACUUCCAUCUAUUCCUGGUCACAUCGCAGAAUACGUGACAGACUUACAUUCUUCAUUCACAUCUAUAACAAAGAGUAACAGAAAUAUAUUCAUUCUUCAAUAAAUGAUUUUCAGGUGAACUAUUGCCAUAUUAUCGAUAAACGUUUUGGUCCGAGAGACGUCAAUAUUAAUAGGCUGUUCAAUUUCUGACGAUUUUUAAUAAGAUCACUGCCAUAGAAGCUACGGUAAGAAAGACACGUUGUAAUUGACGACCUAGAAUUAUUUACAAGGGUAUCACUCUUGAAAUUAGAACAUGAUUGUAUAUAUUCUAAAUAGAAAGAAAUAUAUAUAAGAACUUAGUAAGCUAGACUGAGCUGGUCUCGGGAUAGUUGAAAGAAAUUUACGUGUUCAUUAACAAGCUAUUGCAGUUUUAAGGUUACGAAGCACUCACGAAAUGUUUUCAUACUGUAUUCAAGUAUCAGUCAGAGACUGAGUUAUUGUCCAUCUAACAGUACUCAUUAAUUCAUCAUUAUCAUAACUAGACCCUUCUUGCAGUGAGCGAUCAUGUUGAUUACUCUUGAAGAGCAUAGACACUUGGUAAAUAUUUUGACAAACUCACCUGCAGCAGUCUAGUUUCGAACCCAUGCAUCAAAGGCGUAAUGAGCCAAAAAUUCCUAAGGGGGCUAAUUCAUUGUCAUGGUGAAUGGGCACGAUUUCUAAAGAGCUGUAAGUGAGCGAAGCGAGCUAGGAGAAAAUUUGAGAGUUUUAAUGCCAACGUCUAAUUUUGAAUUACUUCUCCCUUUCAUUUCCUUUGUUCCCUUUUCUCCCUUGUUCUUAAUCGUUAAAUAUUUAAAUAGUUAAAUCGUUAAAUAAGUCCACGGCCCCAAGCCCCCUCCCCCACCAAUCGUUACGCCAGUGUCAUGUACUAUUAACGAAACACUGACGUCUACUGAAAAAAACAAAUCACUCCUGAUCAUUGUUAUUAAAGGACAAGUCCACCCCAACAAAAAAUGACUUAAAUAAAAGGGAAAAAAUCCAACAAGCAUAACACUGAAAAUGUCACCCCUCCCUUCCUCAUUGUUAUGUGAAGAAAAUAUUCAUUCCUCCGUGAUGUGAUUUACCAUCGUCUUAACAUUAUGUGGUGAAGUCAAGUUGGUUAUUAUUGCCAAAUCUGUAAAAAAAAUAUACAGGCCUAUAUAUUGUGUAAUUAAAACAAAAAAAAAAAUCAUAAUGAGUGGGGAUAUCAUCGACUCUCUCAUUUGCAUAUCACUGAGUUGUGCAUAUAGCUGUUUUGUGAAAAAUAAGGGAAACUUUUAAAUGUCAUAACUUUCUUAUCGAUUUGGGGGAAAUUUUCAACGUGUGCCUGUUUGAUUUUUUCUCUAUUUAUUAAAAAAAACAUUUUUGGGGGUUGACUCUUACAACUAAAAGUUCCUUAAAUUUGCUACCUUUAUCCUGCAAACGUAAUAAUGAUUAUGUUAAAAUGAGAGAGAUUUAUAUAUACAGGACACACUAUCCGUUUUAUUCCAUUUCCCCUAUUUUCUUUUUCAUUUCUGGAGGAACCCUGUCAUUACAAGUUUUAUUUUCUCGUGGAUUUCUCUUUACAAAAUAUUAAUUCAAUUCACUUUUAUAAUUAGUAUCAUGUCAAGCAGAUAAAACAAUCUACCUUAUUCUGAUGUUAAAUAAAGAGAUUGAUUGAUGUAUGUUGAUUUAUGAUAUGUCUAAAAUGACAAUGUAUGUUUGUGUCUCGUUUUAUGUUGAAAAUAAAACCUGAGCUUGAAAAAAAUAAAGAGUGAUGUAACAAAAUU